CAUCAACGAACAAACACUCCUCAAAAAACUAACCCCACCACCAAUCUCCACAAAACCCAGUUUCGAUUUCUAUUCAAUUUGAUUCAAUUGGAUUCGAGAGACAAUGGAGAGCAAAAAGAGGCUGAGAAGGACAAUCACUUGGAAGAGAAGCAAUCGAAGCAAGAGAAUCCAAUGGAAAAGAGAUGCUAACAACAACAACAAUGCUGAGAUGGGUUCUUCUUCCAAACCCCUGUCCUUGAUAUCCACCGUUUCUUUGGUUUGUCGAUCUUGGGGAUGCGUUUGUUUCGAUCAUUUGUUCGGCGAAGAUGGUGACAACACCCUCCAUUUUACCAUUCUCAACUGCGAUUGCUGUCGGAGGCUGUUUGGAUCCGAAGUUACCCUUUUCAAGAAGGCGUUUCUGAUGAAAUUUCUUCGUGGUGUCAUGGAUGUGUAUAGACGUGACGACGACGAUGAUGAUGAAGAUGGUAUUAGGGUUACUUUGAUUACCAGAAUGGUGUUUCCUUCUGGGCUUCUUCAAUUGGUUCUUUAUCUUGCGGAAAGAGAACUCUCCCUACCUUUUGGGAGAAAUAUUAAACAUGAAGGAUUUUCAAGGGCAAUCCGCUACUGGAACGGGAUGGAGGAGAUGUCAAUUGGUCUAGUUAUAUGCAAUAAUGACAUUUUUCGUAUCAUUGAUGCGAUAGGCAUAAACUGCAAGCAGCUAGAAGCCCUAGAAUUGUUAGGCUUGGUCUUAACUCAACAAUUGUCUCUUGAAAUUGCCAAGAGUCUAAAGGGACUGAAACUAUUGAGAUUAGAAAUGGUUCAUAUUUCAAAAGUUAGUCCGAAGAAUUUCCUAUCAAAAUGUAAAAAACUUCAGAAAGUAGAGAUCUGGCAUUGUCUUACUUGAGAAGGUACGGAAUCAAAUUUCUUAUCAUCAUGUGAAGAGAGAAAUGAAUGGUGUUACUAAAUGGUCCCUUAGCAGAGAUGCAGAACUGUACGACAUGAAGAAUCUACUGAAUUUACUUUGGCAGUGAAGUAAUUGACCGAGCUUAUGAAGAAUCAAACAUGCCACUAUUCCUUGGGUUGUUUAGUGCUCUCAGGAAGUUGAGGCUUUGGCCUAGAAAGUGGAUCCCAAUUAAAACAGAGGGCGGCAAGUAGAAGAGCGGGAGAAGGUGGCGCAGCAGAAAAGUGAACAAAUUGCAUCACUCAUGGUGGAUACCAUG